AUGGCCACAAAUUCGUAUGGUGAUUCUUCCUAUUUCUCAAAACCUGCAAUCUUCAACGCGAAAAAGGACAAGAUCUUUAAAAUUGGGGAAGGCAUUCAAGAGACAAUUGCGUUCGUUUGCGGUGUCAAUUACAUCAACAGAAACAUUUCCAUAAUUCCAAACUUGACGCUUAUCUAUGAAGAUAUUGAUCCCAUCUUUUCCGACACUGGGGCUAUAACAUCAUGCAUCUCCUACAUUCUAAAGAAGGAUGUGACGCUCGUUUUAGUGUUCUUGCAAAACUAUAAGAUUGGGUACAUCGACUUUACUUCCCCGAGCUCUGCAACCACUUCGCCCAAUUACAUUCGAUUUAAUCCAGAUGGAUUUGAUGUUGCAAACUCUGUUGUCCAGCUUUUAAAGGCUAUGAAUUGGACCCUAGUUUCGGCUCUUUACGGAGAUUAUUUGUAUGGCAAUGAGGUCAAAGGCAUAUUUUCCAAGCUGGCUGCAAGCAACGACAUCAGAGUUGUUUGUUCGCAAAUUUUGCCCUUGGAUUUCAGGCCCUCUGACUAUAAUAGCUCGAGGCCAAUCAUCAAAAGAAUUGCCGAAUGUCUUCUUGCAAUUCCUGCCGAUGUAAAGAUAAUUAUAUUAUUUACCUCUACCUCGACAACGGUGACCGUUUUCGAGCUAUUUUACGAAUAUCCACCGCUUAGGGACGUGACUUUUGUGCUGGCUUCGACAUCUUUCGUCAACGUUUUCAGAUCCAUUAGCAUAUCUCCAAAAAUUGCUGAAACUAAAUUUAUCGAAGCUUGUUAUGAGACAUUGUCUAAGGAGCCUUCAUAUUCUAAGCUAUUGUCCACUUAUUUUGAACUAGCCUUUAGAUGCAUCUAUACUGGGCUUCAAGGCUCUUCCGAUACUAAAGGAAUUACCAUAUGUUUAGACGCACCUCCCAGCAGAGUGUUUCCUGCCCAAUGCGCCUGCAUUGGAAACGAAACGUUUUUUGAAACCCCAGCAUCAGCCGUAUCAAGUCUAAUUCUUGACUCUAUUUAUGCGAUUGCUCUUGCAUUGGAUGGUAUGAUUCGUGAUUGCGAUUCUGGAAUUGAGACUUCAUUUGAUUGCUCCGCAAUUACUGGAGUAAACAUCUUGGAUGAAAUCAGAAAGUUGACAAUUGAAAGAGCCCUGGGCUCGAUUUCGAUUCCCAACAACAGCCCUGUAAAUCCAUCAAUAUCCUAUCUCCAAUUUGUUGGUUUACCAGAGGAAACUCAGAUAGGUCUAUAUAAAGACGGAAUUGCCACAAUUAAUUAUAGCGCCUUGAACUUUCGCGGUGGCAAAGCCAUUCCCGUGUCCGCGAUCAUUCCAGAAGUUAUCACUCUCGAUUACGUUGGCGGGAUAGUUAUAACCUCAAUUUCGAUCUUUUUUAUCAUUAUUAGCCUGAUCUUUAUUGGCUUGAUUUGCUAUUAUAGAGAAAAGCCUCCGAUUAAAAAAUCUUCUCCGCUGUUUUGUAUCCUAAUCUUGAUUGGCGUAAUACUUUGCUUAGGCGGAAAUAUAUUUCGAAGUAUUCAAUCGACAAGGUUUACUUGCAUCAUGAUGCUUUGGUUUUUUCUUCUCGGCUUUGGCCUCAUCUUAGGGAACAUCCUUGCAAAAACGUACAGGAUUUUCAAGAUCUUUUCCAACGCCAGGUUAUCUACCCCCGUAAUCCAGGAUAGAGAUCUUUUGGUUUUUUCAGGUACGCUCAUCCUUGUGUUGUCGAUUUUUCUUUUGAUCAUUACCUUUUCGAGCGAAAACAUCUCACGUAUAAUAACUUCAAAAACCGAUUCCCUUAUAUCUUUCCGUGUGUGUUCAGCAAAAGAUAAUACCCUUGUAACUGUUUGUCUCGCUCUAUCUUUCGUGUGUAUGGGGAUACUUUUGAUAUCUCUCGGAGUCAUAGCUUAUUUGACAAGAAAUGUAGACUCGGCCUUUAACGAGAGUAUAUAUAUUGCGAUCACGAUAUACACCUACAUGGCUCUUCUUAUCAUUUCGCUGCCCCUUUAUGCUGUGUCUGGCGAUUACAAAUAUUCGGAGCGUGCUCGAUAUUUUGAGCUUACAAUCAGCAACCUAGUGGCUAUGCUUGUCACCCUAUGUGCUCUAUUUCUCCCAAAGUUCUACAUCAUUUAUAAGGAUAUCGAGCUGGCCAAACUUAAUAACACGCGUACGGCGAUCAUAGAUCAAAUGAAUGCCUCCUUUGAUUCUUUAAUUACGGAUGUUGAAUCAGAUUCUGAAAGUAACAAUGGGCGGGAAUGGGAGGAAUAUGACUCUCUGUUUAUUACCAGGUCCCUAUGGAUGGAUCAAGACCUUUAG